CACCAUCACACGGGGAGCUGUUUGAAAAAGCUCGCGUCGGGGGACGUGUUUGAACUCACGGCGUUUUUGGGGGGUUCGUCAGAUGACAUGACGGUGACUGGUGUCAGAAAGCCAACUUUGUAGCUCAUUCCCAGCGAAGGGCAGGUCCGGUUCGGCGGCUGUUCGGAGACCGGCCUCCAGCGUGGGAACUUGGGACGGAGUCGCUUGGAACGCUUCACCAAUGGCCGAGGAUCGCUCGGACGCUGCGACGACGGCCCCGGAACGGGGACCGGGCGGCGAUGACGGAGGCCGGGCGGAGGAGAAACCCCUGUCCAAGAGGCAGAGGAAGAAGCUGCUGAGGCACCAGAAGUGGGAGGAGGAAAGGGAGCUGCGAAAGCAGAGACGGAAGGAGAAGAAGCACCUGCGGCGCAUGGAGAGGCAGACUCAGGGGGAGGAGGCAGGGGACGAGGCCAGCAGCAGGAAACGCCUCCGCAGGGAUGUGGUGCAUAGCUCCCUCAGGCUGGUGGUGGACUGCAGCUUUGACAGCCUCAUGGUGUACAAGGAUGUCCGGAAGCUUCACAAACAGAUCCAGCGGUGCUAUGCGGAAAACAGAAGAGCCUUACACCCAGUACAGUUUUAUUUGACAAGUCUCGGGGGUCAGCUGAAACAGAUCAUGGAUGAAAAUGACAAAGGCUGGGUCAACUGGAAGGACAUCACCAUUAAGACAGAACACUACCAGGAGGUGCUGGGUAAGGAGGAACUGGUCUACCUGACCUCAGACUCUCCCAAUGUGCUGACCAAAUUGGACCAAAGCAAGGCCUAUGUCAUCGGAGGCCUUGUGGACCACAACCAUCAUAAGGGAAUCACUUUUCAGAAGGCGAAGGAACUGGGGAUUGAACACGCGCAGCUUCCUCUGAGCACCUUUGUCCAAAUGAACAGUCGUAAAGUACUGGCAGUCAACCACGUGUUUGAGAUCAUUCUAGCACAUCUGGAGAAGGACGACUGGCAGGAGGCCUUCUUCACCGUCCUGCCUCAAAGGAAAGGAGCCGUGCCCAUGGCUCAGGUGACGAGGGCGCAGCAGAGUCGCUCUCCCACACCGAACGGCACCAGCACACCUGAGCUGAAGGAGGAGCGGGAAACCAAUGAUCCUGACUUGGCCCUAACAGACAAAGCAAGCUCAAACCUGUGACGCUGUGCCAAAGGACUGUACAUACAUACUGUAACAUGGUACAAAUACAUGGACUGAAAAGACUGUUGGCCAGUGUACAUAAGUGCUGUUUCCAAAAGGUGCUGGUGGUGAGAGCGUUUAUUAAAAUAGCAUCUAGUGCUGUCACAAUGCCUUCUGGUUUACCAACCAUGUGUUUGUGUAAGAACUUUAUUUUAUUUUUUUGUGGGGGCUUCUUGGCUUCUUUAAAGG